AUGUGGGCAUACUUUGGCAUACAUGCUCUCGUUCUUGUAGCAACUGCUACGCUGAAUUCAGAGGCUACCAUCAGAGGAAAAAAUGCCAUCAGGGAAGAUAUCUAUCCUCCUCUGUGGGAUUCUGCCCCUGAAAACCUGCUGGAUUUCCCAGUAGAAGACAACACAAUUGUCAUCAAUGCUUGGAACUACCGAGAACGACUGGGAGUGUAUAAGAAUUUGCUAAACGCUUCAGCUAAAUAUUUUACUGCUUUUGGAUCCCACAAUUUUGGUAAUAUUCUCUGGGGAUUGCCAUUACAGCAUGGGUGGCAAUUUCGUACAGGCAGAUUAGCAGAUCCUUCCAGUGUGACUUCCAGUGGCUCUGAAGCUGGAGACCUUCUGUACAUAUCUGUAAGAAGCUGGUGGGCCUGUAUUAAUUACUAUCUGGCUAUUAUACCCUUUCUGGGUGCAGUGGAAGCUGGCCUUUUUGGAGAGUUGCCGUAUGAAAUAGAAAUAUUACCACCAGAGGAGUUAAGAGAUUAUUUUUGUUACAGUGUUGCUGACUGCCGUUCUCACAUUCCCGAGCUCAUGGAUGAGUGGAAGACCUAUUUUGAAUAUUUAUUAUCUACAGACCAAAAAACUGAGAGCCCUACAACACAAUCCUCCUUCAGCCUGGAUGAUGCCCUUGGUCACCUGUGGAAGGCACAUGUGGCAUCCAUUGCUUAUGCUUUACCUAGGUUCCAGGACAGAUUAAUAUAUCUCUCUGAUCCAGAAGCAAAUUUUGGAGAAGACUGGGCUAGUGGUGUAGAUUUCAUUGCAGCCACACACUUCUCUACAGAUUUGUGGAAUACAAACCACUUCCAGGUUUUCCUGCCUCAGAGGAUGCUUGUUGAAGGAGAUGUUAUCCCAUUCAUCUAUGACUUCAGUACACAACAAAACAAAGUCUUGUUUUCACUGAGUGCUCUUCACAAGACAAAUAAAUUAACAGGAGGACUGCUGCUGAAACUCUGGAGAAAGACUAUGUCUACCGAAACAGGAAGAGAAUUGGGCCGAAAACUGAUUGAAGACUUGGUUACAAGCCAGAAGUUUAACCCACUGGAAAUAUAUAAUCUUCUGAAGCGAGCUGACCUGGCAGCACCCAGUUUCUUGACAAAAAGCAGCUCCAGCAUUGAUUGA